AGCCGGCCCCGGGUUUGGGAUCGGCCCCGGGCUCGGGAUGGCGGGGCCGGGGCUGGAGCGGUACCGGCUGGCGCUGCUGGCGGCGCGGGAGGACGUGGGGAACCCCCGGGCUGGGACCGACUGGGCCGUCUUCGGCUAUGAGAAGCACCACGACCUCAAGCUCCUGGAUUCCGGAGCCGGGGGGCCGGAUGAGCUCGCUGGAAAAUUCUCCGCCGGCAGCGUCAUGUACGGGCUGUGCCGGGUCCCCGAUCCCGGCGCUGGCGCCCCCCGGAUCGUCCUCAUCAGCUGGGUCGGGGAGAAGGUGCCGGAAUCGCAGCGGGCGGAGCGUGCCGGGCACCUGCCGGCCAUCCGGAGCUUCUUCAGGGAGGCCACGGCCCUGGUCAGCGCCCGCCGUCCUGAGGAUGUGACGCUGGAGGGGCUGCGCCGGGCGCUGGCACAGCUGGAGCCCCCCGGCCCCCGACCCCCCAGGAGGGGAACCCUCCCCGACAUCCCGGAGCUGGUGGGAACCAACUACCGCAAGACCAACCCGGCGCUGGAGAUCCAGCGCACCCAGCGCCAUUCCUUCUGGGAACAGGCCGAGCGGGAGGAGCAGCAGCGGAAGGAGGAGGAGCGGCGGCGGGAGCGGGAGCAGCGGCGGCGCUGGGAGCGGGAGCGCUUGGAGGAGGAGCGGCGCGGGGCCGCGGAGCGGGAGCGGCGGCUGCAGGAGCGGGAGCGGCUCAUCGAGGAGCGGCGGCAGGAGCAGGCACGGCUGGACGCGGAGGAGCGGAGGAAGGAGCAGGAGCGAUGGGAGCAGCAGCAGCGGGAACACGAGGCGGCCGAGCGGGAGCGCAGGGGGAGCAGAGGGGGCAGCGGGACGGCGGCCGAAGCCGCCAUCCUCGUCUCGCAGCGCACUCAGAACCCCCGGGAAUUCUUCCGGCAGCGGGAGCGCUCCGGGUCCACGUCCGGCCCCGCCGUGCCCGGCGGCCCCCCCGGUGCCCGCCGGCCGUUCCUGCGGUACCAGCGCAGCCUGACGGAAUCCGCCUUCAUCUUCCGCCGGCCGGAGCCCCCCAGGCCCCCCCCGCCCGGCGCCUCCCGCGGGGCACCGCCCCCCAGCCCGGGCCGACCCCCGCCUCCCCUGCCCCCCAGCCCCGCGGGGACAGGGACUCCGCCGUGUGCCACCCUGGGGACCCCCCCGAGCCCAGCCCAAGCAGGGUCCCCCCGUGCCACCAGUCCUGUAGGGACAGGGACCCCACCAUGUGCCACCACCGGGACCCCCAUCAGCCCCACGGGGAGUGGGACCCCUCCCUCUGCCACUCUGGGGACCCCCCCGAGCCCAGCCCGAGCAGGGUCCCCCCAUGCCACCAGUCCUGUGGGGACAGGGACCCCCCAACGUGCCACCACCGGGACCCCCACCAGCCCCACGGGGAGUGGGACUCCUCCCUCUGUCACCCCAAGGAGCCCCUCAAGCCCUGUGGUGAUGGGGACCCCCAAAAGUGGCACCACUGGGACCCCUCCCAGCCCCAUGGGGACAGGGACCCCUCACUCUAUCACCCCGGGGACCCCCAGUUCUGCCACCACCAUGUCGGGGUCCCCACCUGCCACAUCUGGGCCCCCCUUCAGCCCCCCCAGGAUGGAGGCCCCCCCUGCCCCCCCUGGGUCGGGGUACCCUGACAGCAUUUAUGGGGUAGAGCCCUUGCUCCUCCCCAGUACUCCUGGUUUGGGGUCGCCCCCCAGACCCCCCCGGGAUGAGGAGGGCCCCCCUCCGGACACUCCCCCCCCUCCCCAGCCCCCCUGGCACCCCCCGGGAUGAGGAGGGGCCCCCUCCGGA